GGAUGUGGGGGAUUGGGAUUGAGGUUGGAAGUGGGGUGAGGGCCAGGAUGGGAGAAGCAAGAUGGGGACGGGGGGGAUUGGGAUGAGGAGCAGGACAGGGAACAGGCUGCAGCACGGGACAGGAGCCAUGCUGUCCAUGGCCAGGACAGCUGUCCCCUCCCUGCGCUGACCACGUCCCCCUGCGUGUCCCGCAGGCUGGAGCGGCUGCAGCGUGUGGUCACCAAGCUGCAGAUGGAGUCGGGGCUCUGUGAGGAGCAGCUGAACCAGGCGGACGCUCUGCUGCAGGCAGACGUGCGGCUGCUGGCGGCCGGGAAGGCGCCGCAGAAGGCGGCAGAGGUGGAGCGGGACCUGGACAAGGCGGACGCGAUGAUCCGGCUGCUCUUCAACGACGUCCAGAGCCUCAAGGACGGGCGGCACCCGCAGGGCGAGCAGAUGUACCGUCGGUACGGGCCCGUCCCCGUGGCCCUGUGCCCCAGAGCCCUGCCUGUCCUCCUUGUCCUUCCUUCUGUGCCCCUAAAAGCCCUCUGUUCCCCCCCAAAGCCCUUCACGUGUCCUCUGUCCCCCAUGUCCCCUGUGCCCCCCAAAGCCUGCAAAGCCUCCUGUGACCCCUGAGUCCCCUGUUCUCCUCAAAGCUCCCCAUACUCUCUGUGGUCCUUGAGCCCCCAAAAGCCCCCUGUGACCCCUGUACACCCCAAAGCUCCUCAUGUCCCCAAACCUGUCCUGUUCACUGAACCCCAUUGUGACCCCUGUACACCCAAAAUCCUCCCAUGUCCCCAAACCCCCCCGUUCGCUCUAUCCCAUUGCAAACCCUGUACACCCCAAAGCUUCCCACGUCCCCAAACCCCCCCUGUUCGCUGUACCCCAUUGUGACCCCCGUACACCCCAAAGCUCCUCAUGUCCCCAAAUCCACCCAUGUCCCCAAACCCCCCCUGUUUGCUGUACCACAUUGUAACUCCUGUACACCCCAAAGCUCCUCAUGUCCCCAAAGCUCCUCAUGUCCCCAAAGCCUCCCAUGUCCCCAAAGCCUCCCAUGUCCCCAAAACCCCGUUUGCUGUACCCCAUUGUGACCCCUGUACACCCCAAAGCUCCUCAUGUACCCAAAGCUCCUCAUGUCCCCAAAGCCUCCCAUGUCCCCAAACCCCCCCGUUUGCUGUACCCCAUUGUGACCCCUGUACACCCCAAAGCUCCUCAUGUCCCCAAAGCUCCU